AUGGAGCUACAGGCUCCAAAACUAGAACCAAAAUCAUGCAAAGAUAACAAUUUUCCCCUUCCUCCCCCCCCGUCUCCUCCUUCCAACCUCUCAGUGUGCGGAAGCGAGUGUCCCGGAGGCUGUGUGGGGAACCAGUGUUGUCACGAGGAGUGCUUAGGCGGCUGCCAACGCCCGCACUCUGCCACCAGCUGCCACGCCUGCAGGAACCUGCUCGACGAAGGGCGCUGCACUCAGUCCUGCUCGAGUCCUAAGUUCAAAGUCCUGCAGCACAGGUGCGAGGAGCGGAGCUUCUGCAGGAGGAACUACGUCAUCAAGCUGGACACGAAGGAGUGCGUGAAGCGGUGUCCUUUGGGCUACAACGUGAGCAGCAACGCGGCGGGAGAGAGCCUCUGCGUCCCGUGCGAAGGCUCCGUGUGCCCGAAGGAGUGCGGGGCCGCCGUCGUGAAGAGCGUGAGCCGCGCCCAGGCGCUGCGGGGCUGCACCGUCAUCAGGGGCGACCUCACCGUCAACAUCAACGGCGGGGAGAACAUCGAGCGCGAACUCGAGGAGAACUUGAGCAGCAUCGAGGAAGUGUCCGGACACGUGAAGGUCUUCCGCUCGAACGUGACGACGCUCGACUUCCUCAGGAACCUCACGCGCAUCGGGGGCGCCGCCCUCCUCCACAGCAACUACUCGCUGGUGAUCCUGGACAACCCGCAGCUGCGGGCGCUGUGGAACUGGACGGGGCGCGGGCGGCGCCUCACCAUCGAGCGCGGCAAGAUGUUCGUGCAUUCGAACCCGCGGCUCUGCUUCCACCACAUCGAGGCGCUAAUCAACGCCACCAACAUGACGGGCCUUUCGGAGACCGACGUUUCCUCCACCUACAACGGGGACAAAGUGCCGUGCAAGGUGACGCCCCUGGAGGCGCGCGUGACGCCCCACCUGUACGGCACGCUGCUGGUGGAGGUGUCCACGUCCGCCCGCCUGCCCCCCGAGGCCGUCUACUACGUCAACUACAAGAAGGCGGAGAAGAACAUCUCGCUGUACGAGGGCGACAGGCCCUGCAGCGACCAGGGGUGGUCGACGACGGAGGUGGGUCCAGGGAACGGGACGUCGCUCGCCCACAGGAGGGACCUGAUCAUCGUCAACCUGGAGCCGUUCACCCGCUACGCCGUGUACGUGAAGGCGUACUCGCUCGCGUCCGGCGGGAAGGGCGCGCAGUCGGAGGUCCUCUACGCCGUCACGAGGCCCUACCACCCGACCGAGCCCGUGGGCCUCGAGUGGGUCUCGAGGAGCAGCUCGACGGUCGCCCUGGAGUGGCACCCGCCCCGGAGGCCCAACGGGAGGGUCGCCCACUACCUCGUCUCGCUGCAGCUCCUGCCGGACACGCCUCGGAUCCCCCCGAACCUCCGCUUCUGCAGGCCGGAGACCCGCGAGUACAUCGACGGCAAGAUGCUGGCGCUGGCGGAGGCCGAGAAGGUCAGCCUCGUCAGGAGGAAGACGCCGGCGACGAAGGAGGACGUGCGCGACGAGGGGGCCAAGGGCGGGUCCGAGGGGGGCGAGGAGUCGUGCCAGGCGCCGCCCACGCCCUCCUGCUGCGCCUGUCGGGACGCGGGCGUGGGCGGCAGCGAGGACCAGGAGGUGAUGGGGCAGAUCGCCUUCGAGGAUUUCAUCAUGGAUAACGUCUACGUCAAGAAGGUCAACAGGUCAAGGAGGACCCGCGCAGCGGACGACGACGACGACGACGCCUUCGGCUCGGCGCUGUGGCUGUACCAGCAGGAGCAGCGGGGCGAGCGGGACGCGCCGCCGAGGGCCCCCCGGAGCGCCGAGCCCGCGGACGAUGCCUUCGGCGCCUGGGAGAGUGCGGCCUCGGCGCCCUCGGGGCCGCCCUCUCGCUCAGGACGGCCGCCCUCCUCGGUCCUCCAUCCGGGCCCUGCAGGCGGGGAAUUCCCGGUCCACGAGGGCCACUCCGUCAAGGAGUUCCCGUCGCAUCUGGGCAUCAGGCCCAAGUACCAGAUUCACGAGGAGAACCUCACGAAGUACACCGUCAUGGAGGAGUCUAACCACAGUCAAACGAAAGUUCACGCUGCAACACCUCCGCGCUCUGCAAUCAUCGCGAAGUCAUUUGGAACAUUAUCCGUGUAUGAACAUUUUUAUGUCAAACGUUAG